AUGUUCUGGCGGAAAUGGGUUCCGCAUGAGGACGCGAUCAGCGUCUCCGGAAUGGCAGUGCAUAAUCGUGCGCGUAAACCAAAAACUGACUCGAAAUACAAAUUAUCCUCCGUGCAGUCAGAUCAAUCACAAUUACCUUUGAGCCGUUGGAUUGGUAGUUUCAUGACGCGUUACAAACGAUCACCAGUCCAUUCAAAAAGCUCUUACACGCUCAAGGUCGCAGAUGAUGAGCUCAGUCCAUUCGGUCUCAUCGCCAAAUCACUUCUGAAAUUGGUACACACUAUGAAGGGGAAACCAACAUCGAAAACAUUCGAAGCAGUGCUGGAUGAUGUUCGAAGAGAGCAUGAAACAGUCAUGAAGAAAAAAGCUGAAAAUGAUUUCCUCAAAAACCAAAUGAACAAAAUAUAUGGUCCAAACAUCGGUAUGAAGAAGGGUGUCCCAACGAAAUCAUUUUUCACUAAGGGAGACAAACUGGCGAUGAAUGGCUUGCUCGAUGUGGAUCAAACUGAAGAUGACCAAUCAACAGCAGAUCCGAAUCAGGAAAUAAUCGCUGAACAAACGAAAUUUAUCCGUCAAGUCGUUGAACUUGUGAAAACAAUGGGAAUUGAUAAUGAUACAGAUGUUGGCCAACUCACACUGUUUUCUCCACGAAUCCUAUCGAUAACACCCGAAGAAGCACGAACAAAGACGAUGAAUCUGUUUUCACCAUCGAUAUUCAGUCUUCACGAUCAAGGUGACGGGCUUGAGGCGCUUCUGAGCGUUCCGAAGGCGGUAAAAACCAUUCAAGAUCCUGACUACAGGCAAUGGAUGAACUUGAUUUUGGAAGCGUCUGGAGUACCUGAUGUUAUUGAAGAGACACACGUACGUGUUAUAGUGCAAUGA